UCCUGCCACCAGAAAAAUGACAACAAAGACAACAACUACAACUCAUCGUCCAACGCCAGAACACACUGAAUGGUCCAACUCCUUAUACUACUACGAUCCACAUGCUCACUUCCUUUGCCAUUUUCACGCCUCCAGGCUUGUACAAUACUGCCACUGCUACCAUGUUCCAUAUCAACAUCGGAGUGAUCUGCAUUCUCCUUUAAAGAUGUAUGAAAUGGAGAAACAUAUGGCGGAACUGUACGUAGCUGGGAACCAUGUAUUGAUGAAUGAUCUUCAAAUGUAUAGCAAAGCUAACUACGAUAUGUGCCACAACCAUGGAAAAAGGCCCAAUGUUACCAUAUAUAUGUUAUACGACAACCACUGAUCAGAAGUACAUAUAAGUCUGACGUUAAAUAAUAAUUUUCUGGAGAUGUCAUAUUUUUGUAUUUGGGAGUGUUCAAGUGUGUUUCAGUAUUUAUGGCGAAACAGUUAGUUUCAGACAAAAGAAAAACACCAGAAGUCGAAUCAGGUGCCUUGGAGGAGUAAGCAUUCCUUGUCGACCGGUUACAUCCGCCGUGUGCGCCCUUGUCAUGAUGAGGCAAACAGAAAAAAUCCGUAGACAAUUCAAUGAGUAAUAAAUGACCUAACAAUUAGUUAAUGAGAAAAACGUU